AUGUCUUCAAGUUUUAACACACUCGAGAGAGAAAAAUUGUUUUUAAAUCCAAAUUCAAAGAAAUUCGGUGUACCUAGAUUACAAGAAAUAGUAAAGCCUCAUGUUGAUUCGUUUAAUUGUUUAUUAGAACCUCCCACAAAAAGCUUGUUGAAUUUUGCUAUUGAUGAUAUUGGAGUUCGGGAAAUUUUUGAUGUUCCCUUUGAUAGUCUUUAUAUGACAUUAUUUAUUUGGAAAACAAAAGUAUGGAUUGAUGAAGUAAAUAUUGCAAGGCCAUUAUUGUCAGAAAAUGUUAGUGUUAGACUUACUAGUACAAGAUUAAUAUAUCCUACAGAGUGCCGUGAAAGAUUGACAACUUAUGCAGGAAGGAUGGCUAUUAAAUUGUGUUGGAAAGUAAAUGAUGGGCCUGUUAAUAUCGAAUCUAAGCAUAUGGGAAUGGUUCCUAUAAUGGUCAAAUCUAAUCGAUGUAAUUUACAAAAUCUUUAUUCAAAACAAUUGAUCCAACAUCAUGAAGAAUCGGAAGAAAUGGGCGGAUAUUUCAUAGUAAAUGGAAUAGAGAAAAUCAUUCGUCUUUUAAUGGUUCAAAGACGUAAUUAUGUAAUGGCACUCGUUCGUCCCUCAUUUGCAAAUAGGGGUAAAAAUUAUUCAGAAUAUGGAGUAACAAUUAGAUGUGGUAAACCUGAUCAAACAACAUUUACAAAUACAUUACAUUAUUUAAAAGAUGGUGGUUGUAAUUUAAGAUUUUCUUGGAGGAAAAACGAAUAUGUCAUUCCAGUUAUUUGGGUACUAAAGGCACUUUGUGAUGUUACCGAUAAAGAAAUAUUUGAAAUGUUGAUGCAAGGAGAUUUUGAUAAUACAUUUUUAGCAGAUCGUAUUGAAUUAAUGCUUGUGAAUUUCCGGGGAUAUAAUAUCCUGAAACAAGAUCAAUGUGUUUCCUUGCUAGGAAAAUGUUGCCCAGACAAUCCUGACUCGCCACAAAAUCAAGAAAUUCUUUUAAGUGGAUAUUUAUAUGCAAUGAUUAUCAAAGAAAAGUUAUCAGAUUUUCUUUUUGAAAUUCGUAGUACAGUAAACACGCAACUUAGAUCAGGAAAAGAAGUAAAAUUUAAUGAUAAAAAAUAUAUAAAUAAUCUAUUCGCAAAAACUCCUUGCGAUAUUGGAAGGAAAUUAUCGUAUUUCUUAGCAACAGGGAAUCUUAUAUCACGUACAGGAUUAGAUUUAAUGCAGACUUCCGGUUAUACAAUAGUUGCUGAAAAACUUAAUUUCUACAGGUUCAUUUCACAUUUUCAAUGUGUUCAUCGUGGAUUCAUUUGUCCAGUCCACACACCAGAUGGUACUCCUUGCGGAUUACUUAAUCAUUUUUCACAUGCUUGUAGAAUAGUUACCGAAAGACUUAAUACAAAUGAUUUACCAGAAAUAUUAUACAUGUUAGGUGUACAAGAAGCUAUUUCUUCAGAUUAUUCACAUAAACCUAAAAAAAAUCAAUUAUGUGUUCAAUUGGAUGGGAAAAUUCUUGGGUGGUGUGAAAACAAAUUUUCUGGGAAGCUUAUAGUCAUACUACGAUCAAUGAAAUAUGAUAAGAAAAAAAAAGUACCUCUUGAUCUUGAAAUUGGUUAUGUUCCUACUUCGAAUGGAGGUCAAUACCCAGGCAUUUAUCUAUUUUCAUCACAAGCACGUAUGAUGAGGCCAGUUAGAUAUUUGGCUAAUAAUAACAUUGAUAUGGUUGGUUCAUUUGAACAGAUGGCUAAACAAACGAUGGGUACGCCAUCAACUGCCAUUAUGCAUAGAACAGAUAAUAAAAUGUAUCGAUUACAAACAGGUCAAACACCUAUUGUUAGGUCUAAUGUAAUUCACAAUAAAUAUGGUUUAGACGGGUUUCCCAAUGGUAUAAAUGCCAUUGUUGCAGUAAUUUCAUAUACAGGUUAUGAUAUGGAAGAUGCUAUGAUCAUCAACAAGUCUUCACAUGAAAGAGGUUUUACAUAUGGAACCAUAUAUAAAUCAGAAGUGAUUGAUCUUGCUGAUUAUCGAGUAGGUAAAGAAAGAAACGUUCAUUUUGGCCUUGGGCCAGAUGCUCCUGCAUCUUUACGUAAGAAGAUUGAUGAUGACGGAUUUCCAUAUAUUGGGAUAAAGUUGAAAAAUGGUGAUCCUUUAUGUACCUAUAUUGACUCAAAAGGUGUUACUAAAAUAAAAAAAUACAAAGGAUUAGAGGAUUGUUAUGUGGAUAAAGUACGGGUUUUAGGUGAUGAUUUGGGACUUUAUGAGGCUCAAAAAGUCCACAUUAUGUUAAGAAUUCCAAGACCAGCUAUCAUUGGUGAUAAAUUUUCUUCAAGGCAUGGACAAAAAGGUGUUUUGUCACAAAAAUGGCCCCAAGUUGAUAUGCCAUUUACAGAAAGUGGUAUGCAGCCAGACAUUAUCAUCAACCCUCAUGCUUUCCCCUCGCGUAUGACUAUUGGGAUGUUUGUGGAGAGUUUAGCUGGGAAAUGUGGCGCUAUGUUUGGUGUGCCGCAAGAUUGUACGCCAUUCCGAUUUGGUGAAGACCACACUGCAAUUGAUUAUUUUGGCGAAGAAUUGAGAAGAGCUGGAUUUAAUUAUCAUGGUAAUGAACCUAUGUAUAGUGGAAUCACUGGCGAGGAAUUUCAGGCAGAUAUUUAUAUUGGUGUUGUUUAUUACCAACGUUUACGUCAUAUGGUUUCGGACAAAUGGCAAGUUAGAUCCACAGGACCAGUUCAUAACCUUACUAUGCAACCUAUAGGAGGACGUAAAAAAAGUGGUGGUAUAAGAUUCGGUGAAAUGGAGCGUGAUUCACUUUUGGCACAUGGAAUGAGUUUUUCUUUACAAGAUAGAUUAUUAAAUUGUUCAGAUUAUUCACAGUGUCAUGUAUGUCGAAAUUGUGGUUCACUUUUUACUUCAGUCUCUUUUAAUACACAAUACUUGGCAAAAAGUCAGAGAAAUUUCGAGAAACAUUCUAUGAAAUGUAAUAUAUGCGAUAACUCCAAGUGGAUUGCUUUAAUAAAAAUACCUUAUGCAUUUAAAUAUUUAGCUACAGAGCUUAUUAGUAUGGGCGUAAAGAUUAAAGUAGACGUCAAAUCAUGA